UCUGAAAGCAGCGGCCAGGGUUCUUUUUCAAGUACCUGUGCACAUCCAUCUUUCUCUUACCAUUCAUUCAUACCAAGGAUUAUUGAGUCUUCCUUUUAUAAUGCGCUCAGAUUUUUAAUAGAUAAAUCAGGAUAACUUUGAAUAACAUUAAUUUGGAUAACAUUUUCUGUUGAAAUAUGAAGACAAAAACUAGAGCAGGUAGGAGAAGACUGGAAGCUGACCAGGACGAGGAAAGUCAGGGUCAUCAAACGUCAAGUGAGGAAGACACUGGUCUACUGUACAAGGAAAAUGGCAAAAGCAAAAAUCAAGAUUCUGUAAAAAGUAAAAGGAGAAAACAGUCAUCCAGUGGGAAGGAGCACAGUGUCCGAAGACUAGAGAGCAACGAACGAGAGCGGCAGAGGAUGCACAAACUUAAUAAUGCAUUUCAAGCUUUAAGAGAAGUCAUCCCUCAUGUCAGAGCAGAGAAGAAAUUAUCCAAAAUUGAAACACUUACACUGGCAAAAAAUUAUAUAAACACUUUGACAGCUACUAUAAUAAACAUGACCAGUGGAUCAUUGCCCACAACUCAGGGAACUGGCACAGACAUUGGAGGCAAAUUCUAUCAGCAUUACCAGCAACAACAUGGAGAGGAGGACAAUGAUGAACAUUUGAAAAAGUACUCUACACAAAUUCACAGCUUCCGACAAGGUAGCUGAUAUAAAACCAUCUGGUUUUGACUUUCCUUUUUUUUCUUUUUCUUCGAGAUGGGCAUGAAUACGAAGGGGCAUACUUAACCCAAAAAUGUAUAUUAUACUCCUGUUUUUUCCAAUCAGUGAAACAUUAAAUUGCCGUUGGAUGUAAAGCAUAUUUUAGAAAAUGUAAAUAAUUUAGGUUAAGUAGAGUUGGACAAUUGUAUUGGAAAUUGUGAUUAGGCUGAUUUGAUCUGCUUCUCAAACCAGUUUCCAUAGAAUAACAAUCAAUAAUUUGGAGACUACCCCCACUCUAUUCUAAACGCUAAAUUAGUAAAAUGUGGACAGUUGUUGGUUUUGAGAACUGAUUUGAGAAGCACUGUUUUGGAGAACAAUUCUGCAAAUUAAUAUUAC